UUUUAGGCAGGACGUUGUUGCUUCUUCAGCUUAGAGUGUCUUGUACUCUGGACUCUUCACACACGCUGGUGGUCCUCGAGGCGGGACUCAGUGCUCACAUGGAGAGUGAAGACACAGGCGACACCACUCCGGAUAUUACGGAGGUGGUGAAGCUAGAGUUGUUGUGCAAGCAGCUUUACGAGGCUAACGAUGGGGUUCAGCAGCACGAAGCAGAAAAGGCAUUAGUGGAAUUUCAGUCUGGGCGUGGAGCUGCUACUCUCAGUCAGUGUCGGCUGCUCCUAGAUCGAGCAAAGUCGCCUUACACUCAACAUUUUGCAGUGACAACUCUCACAAAGCUUGCAUCUAGAAUGCCAUGUACUCUGUCACUACAGCACAGAAUGGAUAUGAGAACGUAUGCUCUCGAUUAUUUGGCAAGUCAUCCUAAGCUUGUUCACUAUGUGACUCAAGGCUUAGUGGUGUUGAUUGUAAGGGUUACUAAAGAAGGCUGGUUUGAUGCCCUUGAUAAGAAUAAAUGGGCAUUCAGGAAUGUUGUAGGGGACGUUACCCGAUUUCUUCAGGGUUCAGUAGAGCAGUGUGUGAUUGGAGUGCAACUACUUGCCCAACUCACUGCAGAGAUGAACCAUGUCUCAGAAUCGGAUAAAGAUAGAUCCCUUACUAAACACAAGCAAAUAAGAAGUUCAUUCAGAGAUAAUUAUCUGUACGAUAUCUUCAAGCUGUCCUGCAGACUACUUGGAACUUCUGUAGUCAAAAGAGGCGAACUGCCAAAGAGUUUUAUCAACUUUGACGAGGAAAACCAACACAGAUUAAUGAAGUUUCUUCUUAAGUUGGGUAAGAGUAUCUCAAAUAGUAGACAAGCUGAACUUAAAUUCUAAAUUGCAAGGGAACAUU